GAGAAGCUGGGAGCGGGGCAGUUUGGAGAAGUCUGGAUGGGCUUCUACAACGGCCACACCAAGGGGGCCAUCAAAAACCUGAAGCAGGGCAGCAUGUCACCCAGUGCCUUCCUGGCGGAGGCCAACCUCAUGAAGAACCUGCAGCACCCGCGGCUGGUGCGGCUCUACGCCGUGGUGACGAAGGAGCCCAUCUACAUCAUCACGGAGUACAUGGAGAAGGGUGAGGGCACCUCUGGGGCUGCCCUGCUCGGGCUGGUGGCUAUUAAUUGCAAUUCCUCCAAACCGCAGAUCGCCGAAGGCAUGGCCUUCAUCGAGGCCAAGAACUACAUCCACCGCGACCUGCGGGCUGCCAACAUCCUCGUGUCGGACACCCUGUGCUGCAAAAUCGCCGACUUCGGGCUGGCCCGCCUCAUCGAGGACAAUGAGUCCACGGCUCUUUCAGGGGCUAAAUUCCCCAUUAAGUGGACGGCGCCGGAGGCUAUUAAUUACGGGACAUUCACGAUCAAGUCCGAUGUCUGGUCAUUCGGCAUCUUGCUCACGGAGAUCGUCACCUACGGCCGGAUCCCGUAUCCAGGGAUGACCAACCCCGAGGUGAUACAGAACCUGGAGCGCGGCUACCGCAUGCCGCAGCCGGACAACUGCCCACAGGAGCUGUACGAACUGAUGAUGCAGUGCUGGAAGGAGAGGCCCGAGGAACGUCCC